AUGACGAAAAUAAAUUCACUUAUUACAGCCAUCGAUGACAUUUACGAUGUCUAUGGCACUCUUGAUGAACUUAAGCAAUUUACUACUAUGGUUGAAAAUUGGGAUGUAAAUCGGCUUGAUGAACUUCCGGGGUACAUGAAGCUGUGUUAUCUUGUAUUAUACAAUGAAAUAAAUAGCAUUGGACGUGAUAUUCUCAAAGAUAGAAAUAUUAAUGUGAUCCCUUUCCUGAGAAAGUCGUGGGGAGAUUUAUGUAAAGCAUAUCUAGUUGAAGCGAAGUGGCAAAAAAGGAAACAUAAACCAAGUGUUAAUGAGUACAUGCAAAAUGCUUGGAUUUCAAUAUCGGCCCCAACUUUAUUAGCCCACUUUUACUGCGUCUUUUCCGACCAAAUAUCUAGUCAGGCCCUGGAGACUUUGUCCCGACACCAACAUAUCGUUCGAUGCUCUGCCAUCGUGUUACGCCUAGCUAACGACCUUGGAACUUCGCCGGAUGAAUUGAAAAGAGGUGACGUUCUCAAAUCAGUCCAGUGUUACAUGAAUGAGACGGGAGCUUCGGAAGAAAAGUCACGUGCGUACGUGCAGGAGAUGAUCAGCAACACAUGGGAUGAGAUGAAUUACGAGAUAAUUUCACAUGACUCAUCGUUACUUCCUCGGGGUUUUGUGAAAGCUGCAAUAAACCUGGCACGCACGUCGCAGUGUAUGUAUCAACACGGUGAUGGCCAUGGCUCUCCGGACAAAGCAAAGACUGUUGAUCGUGUUUUGUCUAUAUUAGUUAAUCCCAUUCCCUUAGACUAA